AUGACAUACCAUUCGAUUGUGGUAUUGUUGGCACAUUAGGUUAAUUGGUGUGUGCUUAAACGCGUAAUCAGUAUGUGAUCAGGAUCUCAUGAUGAAUCCAACAGUUUACACUUGUAGUAGCUUGGUGUCCCUAAGGCUCGUGGGAAUGAGCUUACCUAGUCCCGAGCGUGUUUCAUUACCUUUUCUCAAAGAUAUUGUUUUAAUCGUCGUUGAGUAUACCAACCGAUGGGCAUUAGAGAAGUUAAUCUCACAAUGCCCAGUUCUUGAAAACGUUAGUAUUGAUAGAAUUUACGGUGAUGGAAUGCCCAUUUUACGUGUGCGUUCCCAGUCUCUAUUGAGCUUCUUGCAUUAUUGGGAUACGAAUGAUGAUUAUGAGGAAGAUAGUAUAGUUGAAAUUGAUGCUCCCAUGCUUAAGUAUCUGAGGAUCAGUGAUGGUGGAACUACGAGUUUCAUUAUAAAGAACCAGCAUUCCCUUGUAGAAGCUGAUAUAGAGACUGUGUUUAAUUUGACAAAUGAAAGGAGGCUACAGGUUGCAAAUGAAAUACAAAAGAGAGAUAUGGUUCGUGAUUUUCUCGUUGGGAUCUCUAAGGUGAAAGAUCUGACCAUCACCUCCUCUACUCUCAAGGUCAUAUAUGAUUACGCAAGAUAUGUACAACUACCGGUAUUUCGUAACCUAUAUACCUUGUGUGUCAGGUUCGACAGCUACAUGUGGGAGAUGUUGCCAGUCUUUCUUGAAGUCUGUCCGAAUCUAAAAACUCUUGUCGUGGGAACUAGUGAAAAUUACCUCAGGGUGGACCUUACUGUUAUUGCCAGACCUUGGAAUCUGUUAUCAUCUCUAGAGCAUGUUGACGUAGAAAGGCCAUUGAAAGGGGAGGCGUUGGAGAUGUCACUAGUGGGUUACUUACUGGAGAACUCACCAAACCUCAAGAAACUAUCAUUAAGUUUGCAUGAUUCCCUAAAGAAAGGAGAAUCUGUCCACAAGCUAACAUUAAGCUUGGAUGAUGCCCCAAAGAAAGGAGAAUCUGACAUCUUCAUAGAACUCCUUAACUUUCCGAGAUUCUCUAGGUCAUGCCAAAUUAUUGUACGAUGA